GAAGGAAAACAUCGCCAAUGGAUGGCUGAUGGCGAUGGCUCUGAAGUUCCACAACCGUGUUGGAACGCUUGUCGCACUCAGUAACAACAAUUGCACGGCUCAGAGGAACCACCCUACUCAGGAAUUUAAUAAUGGGGUAGUAAUGAGCGCGGAACCGCUGCAGGACAAUGUCCCUUUUGAAGUCAGAAUUGACAGAAAGGUAAACUCCUGGAGUGGUUCAAUUGAGAUAGGUGUGACAACAUGUGACCCAAGCACACUGAAGUUUCCAAUCAGUGCUACUGGUUUUCGUGAGGGAACAUGGGUGAUGUCAGGGAGCUCUAUUUUGAGAGAUGGGCAUUCUGUCAUCGAGGAAUAUGGAGCAGAUCUAGAUCAGCUAAAUGAAGGUGAGAAGGUUGGUGUUAUGCGGACAACUGAUGGCACACUCCAUUUUCUUGUGAAUGGUGUAGAUCAGGGUCCAGCUGCAAAUGGUAUUGCUUCUAAAGUAUACGCCAUUAUUGAUAUGUAUGGGAAAUGUGCUCAGGUUACAAUAGUGGACAACACUCCUGGAACCAAUCAGGAAAAUGAUGGAAUUUCUACUGAUGUUGCCAGCCAGCUAGCCAAUGAAUUCCUAACUCAGCUCUCCAAUCAAAUUGUCAAUGACCUGACCAGAAAUGUAGAGGCCCUAGGACUAGAUAAUGUAGCUUCAAACUCAAAUAAUGAGAAACUGACAUUCCAUGAGCGUUGUGGGAGUCUUGUCAAACUAAGCAACAGCCGACGUACUGCAGAGAGGCGACACCCACUGGAUGAGUUUAACAAUGGAGUAGUUAUGACCAAUCGACCUCUGAAAAAUGACGAGUUAUUUGAGAUUCGAUUGGAUGUUUUGGUUGAUAAGUGGUCGGGGUCUAUAGAAGUUGGAAUAACAACACAUAAUCCAUCCAUGCUGGAUUUCCCAGCAACUAUGACGAACAUGAGAUCAGACCUGAAUGUUGUAGGUACCAUUAUGAUGAGUGGCUGUGGGAUUUUGACCAAUGGCAAGGGAACCCGCCGGGAAUAUGGCAUCUAUAAUCUGGAUGAGUUAACAGAGGGAGACAGAAUUGGACUCAUCAGGAAAUCUAAUGGACAUCUACAUUACUAUAUCAAUGGAGAGGAUCAGGGUGUGGCAUCUAAUGAGACUCCACCUACAAUUUGGGGUGUGGUUGACCUCUAUGGCAUGGCUGUCAAAGUCAGUAUCCUUGAUCGUAAUGAUCCUAACUACCCUAACAACAUUACCUCCCCUGUCCAGAGGGUGCGGAAUGUGUUCAGACAAUUCCCAGACAUGUAUGACGAGAUCUCAUCUGAAGAAGCAGAACCUGUCGAGAGGCUGUUGUUUCAUACAAGAUGUGGGUCACAUGCAGCAGUCAUUAAUAACCAAAGAACAGCACACAGACCAAAUGCCCUAGAUGACUUUAACAAUGGUGUUGUUUUGACCAGUCGUACACUCAGACAGGAAGAAUUAUUUGAGGUUCACAUUGAUAAAAUGGUGGACAAGUGGGCAGGAUCCAUUGAGAUUGGUGUUACGCUUCACUCACCGAAUGACCUUGACUUUCCAUCCACCAUGACCAACAUAAGGUCAGGAACCUGGAUGAUGACAGGAACAGGAGUAAUGCACAAUGGGACGACGGUCAUUGAUAUGUAUGGCCAGAAUCUGGACAGGCUAAAGGCUGGGGAUAGAGUUGGGGUCAAGAGGAGGGGUGAUGGUAGUCUUCACUUCUAUGUGAAUGGAAUUGAUCAAGGCCAGGGGGCCACAGGUGUCCCUCCAAAUGUGUACGGGGUAAUUGACCUCUAUGGACAGGCUGCACAGACUACUAUAGUUGAUCACUCAGAUCCCCUGUCCCCUGAUGCCGAUUCCUGUAGUGCCAGUGACUCAGAGGAGCUCAGAUUUCACCAUAUUCAUGGACAGAAUUCAACCAUAACAAACAACGGUCGUACCUGUCUGCGACCCAAUGCCACGGGGGAGUUUAACGAUGCCAUCAUCAUGAGCAGUCGUCCGCUGAAGGAUAAUGAGUUGUUUGAAGUUAUUAUAGAGAAGAUGGUGGACCGAUGGUCAGGGUCAUUGGAGGCAGGUGUGACACUGAUAAAACCAGAGGAACUGGAGUUUCCAAACACAAUGACAGACAUAGUGUAUGACACAUGGAUGCUCAGUGGAGCAGCCAUAAUGCAGGAUGGAUCUACAAUCAGGAAUGGUUAUCCCCUGGACCUGGAUGCCGUGACAGUGGGAUGUAGGAUCGGGAUCAUGCGGUGCGCUGAUGGCACGUUACACUACUUCCUGAAUGGAUCAGAUCAGGGCCCCGCCUGUACAGACGUCCCACAUGGUGUGUAUGCUGUAAUUGACCUAUAUGGACAGUGUGCUCAAGUUUCGAUCACCAGUGGAUCAGGAGUGUAUCCAUCUCCAGACAAUAAUCUCCUACAUUCAGAUCAGGCCAUAAUGUCUCCCUCCUCAUCAGAGGUGUCUCAUCGAUUCAGUUUGUGUUGUGGUAAAAACAUCACAAUAAAGAACAAUAGCUGUACAACAGCCCGCUCUACAGGCUACAACAAUGCCAUUGUAUUUAGUUCUGAUCCUCUAAAAAGGGAUGAAAUAUUUGAGGUGAGAAUUGACCAGGUGUGUCGAGUGUGGUCAGGGUCACUUCACAUCGGACUGACCACUCUGGCCAUCUCAGACACCACCUCAUCCUCUGUCAUUCCAGCAUCUGCCCUUGAACUGACCUCCAAAUUGACUUGGCUGAUUACAGGGUCAGAGGUCAGGAAAAAUGGAUUUGUCAUCAAGGAGAAUUAUGCACCAGCUCUAGAGAGACUUGAGGUUGGGAAUCUAGUGGGCAUUCGUCGAGUCUCAGAUGGUACACUUCACCUCUACAUUAAUGGGGAGGAUAUGGGAGUGGCAGCCUCCAACAUCCCUAAGAAUGUGUUUGUGGUGAUUGACCUUUAUGGUCCAGUGGAGAUGAUCACGAUUACCAGCAGUUGUUCAUGGGAUGCCUCUUUGAUGGCCAGUCAGCAGUCUCAGUCCGUCAUGUCAGAACUAGCAGAGGCUGCAGACUUGGAUACAGAAGAGGAAUACCCUAAUGCGCUAGGUUUCCAUGUCAACCAUGGUAAAAAUAUCAUGUUAAGUAAUGGUGGACUGACAGCUGAGAGAACAGAAAGUUACAACCAGGGACUGAUUGUCACUUGUCAACCACUGCACAAAAACCAAAUGUUUCAGGUGCGGGUUGAACACCUGAACACCCGCUGGAGCUUCUCUCUGAUGAUUGGUGUGCUGGGAUUUCCUCCGGAUAAGUACACAUUUCCAGUGUCCUCCAUGUCUAUAAAGAAAUCUUGUAUCAUGAUCCAGGGCAGCGCUGUGUACAACUCUGGUUGUAAGGUAAAAGAGAAUUAUGGUCCUAAUCUAGAUGAGCUACAAGUAGGUCAUGUGAUUGGGAUAAUGGUGGAUGAGGAGUCAAAUCUUCACUUGUUUUUUAAUGGCGUGGAUCAAGGUGUAGCUGCAAGGGACGUACCAGGCUCAUGUUAUGGUGUGGUGGAUCUAUAUGGGAAAUGUAAUAAGGUGACAGUUGUCCCAAACAUGGACAGUGGUGAAUCGCUUGAACGAAAGCAUAAAGACAAGGAGAAAUCAGAGAAGGAAGACAUUGAAGAAGUGAUGAAAGAGAAGAAUAGUCCAAGUGAGACCAUCCUGGGGAGUGUAGUGAUUCGGCCGUGUGAGUACGCUAAGACCUGCUCCAAGGUCAGGAGCCUGAUGGGCAUACCUGAUGGAUUUUUCCAAGAACAGCAGAUGACAUGUUAUUGUGAAUCUUGCCAUAAACUGAGGUCAGAGGACCUGUACCUCAGGAGGGGGGAACCACCCAGGGAGUAUGCAGUACCCUUGGGGUGGUGCCGAUACAUUCUCAAACAACGCCAGAAAGCACCUUCCUUUGUGGCAUCUGACAAGUGGCAUGUGGCGUAUUAUGGUACACAGCUGGAGGUCCUCAGAAAGAUCCUGGAUACUGGAGAUAUACACACCUGUAAUGACCAGAUGGGAGGAGGAAGUACUCUCCUACCUCAAUCUGUACCAUUCACCGAAAAAUCCCGUCCAGACAGUUCCAGUCUCAGACAAAUCCUUAUGUCUCCCACCAUACGAUACAUAGGAUGUAACGAGUUCUCACCUAAAUUCAAGUUAUUGGAACUGAGAACCAAAAGGACAUUCCAUGUUCGUGUUGCAUUUCAAGUGUGGUUAAAGCCUGGGUCAUACAAAGUAGGACCUCAAAGUCUCGGACUCAAUGAACAAAUAGAUCCACAGUUCUCAAACAAUGAGUUAGAGUGGGCCACAAAAGAAAGAGGAUCAGUGUUGUUACAUGGACUGCUCAUUAAAAUAGAAAACUUAUAGAGAGGACCUCAAAGGAGAAAAAGAAACUCAGUAUCAUUUUAUGUUGAUUGUUUUCCAUGACAAUAUAUGAUUAGUCAAUAGAAGUCAUCAAGUGCAGUUUCCUGUUUUUGCCACAGGUUUAUCAGAUUGUAUACGUUAUCAAAGACUAAUACAAGGUGUCAAAAUCUUUGUUUAAUUUUCCAGAAGUGAAUAAGUGUAUACUGUUAGUUAAAACUGUUAAAAAAAAAUUUUCUUCUAACAUGUUCAUGUUUAUACAAAAAAUUACUAAGCAUAAGGGUAAUAUUUAUGAAGUUUAAAUACUGUAAAUGUGCAGUUCACCCCAAAGUCCUAACUCGUUAAUCCAUGGAAAAUUUACAAUCCGUGAAAAUGUGCUUCUGUACAGUUUUUUUUUCACAGAAUGUGCUAGAAUUUAUAGAAUCUACAGACUUUAUUCCUAAUGUUUGCACUGUUUUAUAUUUUUGUUGUUUUGCAUGCAUUUGCAACAGUACUAGAUGUUUUAAAAACAUUACUAUUUAUGAUUAAUCCUAUCUGAUUCACAGGGAGUAAGAAAUGUUUACAGUUAAUACUUUGUCUUUUUGUGGGUAGAAUGAUGUGAAAGAAUGUGUGAGAAUAAGACUUUGUGAGGCAUUAUUUAUUGGUGUAUCUUGAAGUUUUGUGUGAAUUAAUUGUAAAACUCUCUUCCAGUCAGAACUUUGUUCUUGAGCUUUUUCUUUCAGUUUCUUCUACCUUUAUUAUUGUGUGAUAACAAAAUACAUAUACUAUGUGGUAUAUGCUGAAGAAACAAAGCAAAUUUUAAACAUGUACUUUUAAUGUACAUGUAUAUAAGUGUACACGUAUAAGUAUAUUUAAUGCUGUGUCUAAUCAUAAUGACUUACACACACAAUUUAGAAAUACAUUUCUCCAGUAUUUAAUAUUAUGCAGCAUCAGAGGUUAGUCAUACUUGUAUUACAUGAACAUUGUGAAUGGAUGAAAUGCAUGGAAUUGUUGAGUACUUGUUCAGAUAUACAAAAUUUUCCUUGUCAAGAAACUCACAUUCACUUUAUCAGAAGCAUUGAUCUCAUUCUAAAUUCAAUCUGUUUUUGUGUGCAUGUAAAUUUUACAAAUGAAUAAAAACAAAGAAAAAU